GACAUUCGGCGGACAACCCGCGAGCGGGUAGCACGCUCGCACGGGCGCGCCAUUCAAAUAUGGAAUACGAACGUAAUCGGUGACUUCGAAACAUUCCAUCGAGCGUUCGAAAUUUAAAAAUUCAAGUUGUACAAGUCAAACUUUUUUCUGUGACUUUAUCUAUCUAAACGUUAAUAAAACUUUUUUGUGUUAUUAAAAAAUAAAAUGGCAUACAGUGAAAACGUUUUUCAAGUUUGGACGCUGUUCAUGGUGUGGAUCAAUUUGUUGAUGAUGUGACUGUAUUUUUUUAUUAUCAGUGUUCGUGAACUCACUAUUUAUUACAUUUGAUAUUUGCCUAUCGCACGUAUAUGUACUACCUAUGUAAUUUUGGUCGAAGCUCUAUAAAAGCAUCAAAAUGAAGUUACUAUCUCUAAUUACUUUAUGUGCGAUAACAUCGGCACACGAAAUCACCCAAUUGAAGGUGCCUCUGUAUGCUGACCCUCGAAGGCCGGCAGUUCUGAGCUGCCACUUUCAAAUGGAAGAUCAGAAAUUACAUUCAGUGAAGUGGUACAGGGAUAUGAAUGAAAUAUUUCGAUACAAUCCCUCGCAAAAGCCUCCCAUACGUCUGUUCAACGUGACAGACAUCAUGGUGCAAGGCGGCGAAUGCCAAGCUGACUCGUGCAUGGUGAAGGUCAUGCCUCCACCAGUCGCUACCAGAGCGGCUUACACCUGCGAAGUGUCCACGGAGGGACCCAAGUUCCAGAUUGCGAGGCAAACAAAGCACAUGACCGUUGUUGCAAUGCCUGAUCUGGACCCAGUCAUAAUUGGCGCACCCAAGGUGUUGAAACCGGGAGAACAAAUAUUCCUCAAUUGUACAUCCGACUAUUCCCUGCCGCCGUCGGAUAUUAAUUGGUACAUUGACAACGAACUGCAAAAGCCAGAACAAUGGCAGAGGACAGAGCUGAGCGCGAUUCAGCCAGGUGGUCUACGACGCUCUUGGAGAGUGUUGCGAGUAAGGGUGCCGCCCACAGCGAGCGGAGCGCUGCGCGUACGCUGUGAAGCGAUACUGCUGGUCGAGCCACCAGUAGUCAGGGACACGAUCGCUAUCAUCACUGUACACUCACGCACGCAGCUCUCCAAAUAUGUAUCUAAUAAUAGAGGUGUGAAUUGUGUGAAAUUAGGCGUAUCUUCUGUUAUAUUAGUUGCAAUUACAUGGACUUUUACUCAAAUAUCAAGAUUCACGAGCUUAUGAGGAUUGGUUUAAAGUACAGUGAUAUUAGUUUUAAGUCUUAGAUAAAUAUUAACAAUAUGAGAAUUAUAUUAAAUUAAUCUAAUUUCAUUAAGGUGAAUUCAUUUGUUGAAUAUGUACAGGUUAGAGGUGGUCUACAAUGAUAAGCCGAUAUGAAUUGAACAUAAUUUAAAUUUAAUUCUUCUGCAUAUUUGUACUACAGAGCGAUAUCAGUUUAAUUUUCUUCUUACAAACCUUAUAUUUUUUCGUUAAGAUCAGAUAAAAUUUUGUAACAAUGUUUUCACGAAACGAAAGCUGCCUAUAUUCUUUAAAAAUCGAGAGAAAUAAAAUUACAUUCCGAUAUUAACGUUGCGAAAUUACUUGCUAAUAUUCUGUUACAUUUAUUUACAAACAUGAACGUCUUCAUGUCUGAUGAUGCUUUUUCAACUCGUAAGGAACAAAUGCUUAAAUAGGGGGGAAAAUACGGGAUUUCCAUAUUCUAAUCGGGAUGAAUUAAAAAAAAAGAAUACAAAUAAAUAUAUUUUUUAAUAUUUCUCAGAUAAAUACGUUUGUUGCAUGAAUGCGUUUUAAAACGCGCAUGAUUUGACAUGUAUAAAAAUAAAUAAAGUUAUGAAUUAUU